GGAACAAAUUGCUGAUCUGAGCCAGCAAUUUCCAUCAAAGCCGUUCUGCCUACCCUGCUCACCAUCUUCGAAGCUAUGGAGUGCAUUCGAGAGUCCGAGUUGCGUGAGAUGUUCAGAGAGUUUGACAAGAAUGGUGAUGGAAAAAUCACAAAAGAAGAGCUUCAGCUUGCACUCAUGCAACUUGGGGAAAAACCAUCAAGUAGCAAGGUGGAUGCAAUCAUCAGUCAAGCAGAUGCAGAUGGCAAUGGUUGCAUAGAAAUUGACGAAUUCUUGCAAGUCUUGCGGCGACAGUUGCUGAGUCCACGUGAAGAGCGAGAACUUAAGGAAGUAUUUGAGGUAUUUGACAAAGAUGCGGACGGCUUCAUCUCCAUUAGUGAUUUGAUUCAUUUGAUGCAUUCCCUUGGUGAAGCUCUAAGCGAAAGUAUGGCUCGAGACAUGAUCAGAGAAGGUGACUACGAUCACGAUGGGAUGAUUAGCUUCAAUGAAUUCGUGACGCUAAUCAAAGGACCGAGGCGUUUCGACGAAUUUGCGUACAAAGCUCCCACGAACGUAAUCUACGUACCACAAUCUACAGCGUAUGGGAACCCUGACACCUCCAGGUACCAACUAAUAGCUGUGCCGCAGUUUGCAGAGCUUUCUCCCAACAUGCAAUUUGUCGACGACACGCUCAUUUCUGAGGAAGGACAGCUGGCGGGUGGAGGAUACGAUCCAUAUGGACGAAGAAUGCACAGGAGGAGGUACGGUGUGCAACCGCCAAGAGCUGUUGAGCGCUCUCAUAGGGCAAUGGUGCAGAUGUCGGGAAUGCAGUCGGGGUCUCAAACGGAUACUCAGUCAUCAAACAGGAUCAAUACGGAGCCACCUGCAGAUGCUGAGCCAUCGAAUAUGGGAGCACCGAACACAGAAAAUGAAGUUAACCAUGAAAACGAACAGAUAAAUAUGUUCACUCCUGCUCCAGAUUCUAUGCUCACUCCUUCCCCGGAUUCGAAGAAGGGCGAUCUUGAAAUGGCUUACCAGACAAGGAACGAAACAGAGCCUGAACAGCCACCGCUGGAUGUCGAGCCGCAAGGGCCGCAAUUGCAAAGAAACGAAACUGUGCCUGAACGGCCACCGCUGGAUGUCGAGCUGCAAAGGCCGCAAUUGCAAAGGCUCAAAUGCUCGGUUUUUUAG